AUGGAUAAACUGGUGGUUGUGGUGCUUCUGAGUUUGUGGCAGGUGGUGAGUUCAAUGUCAUCGUGGGAUGGAUGUGGAAAUCGAUUGGAACGGGCACUUGACUCAAUGACCAAGGACGGGGUGAGGAGGGUACGACAGGAGCAGGAGGAGCCUGGGGUUGUUUAUCAGAGGAGUUUGACCACUGCUCCACUCGUGAUGACCGUUACCAGAGUAGCUGUGAAGCUCCCCCGAGACCAGAGUAGAGCGAAUUCCUGGGCGCGAGUGGAGCGUUGUCAGUUCGAGCCGACCAACAACUCCCUCCGAAGCCGAGUAAUGCUCAACGACCUCACGAUAUCCGGUCUAGUCUCUCUCCUCCCCAACAAGAGACGCGCAACAACGAUCGGCGAGUCCUGCAGGAUGACCCUGCGCCUCCGCCGCGCAGGCAUCGACUUCAUCACCAGCCCCAUAGCAAGAACCCGCGGUCAAAUGCGAAUUCGAACAGAGUCCAGUUUUCUCGAGCCCAGAUUCGCCUCGAUCUACGCAUACGCCUGCCGACCACUGGGUCGUGUCGACAGGCAGAUAAAGCGCCAAGAUAAGCCCCCAUUCGCCCAAUCAGACGGUCAUUACGAGGCCGCCGAGCCGAGGGAUGAGGAAUUUCAAAGAUCCAGGGAAGAUGACAUUCAGAUUGCCAAUGAGAGCACAUCAUCGGCGUUCACGUUCUCCAGGUACGAUCUCUCGCCCACUAAGAGUCAUCCCUGGAUCACGAAACUUCCGGAGAUCAGGAGGAGAAAGAGAUCUAAUGCAAGUGCUACUGAUUUCGAUGACUUGGAUGGGGAGAUCAAGCAUCAACUGCUGCUCGAGGAUGAGAGGGGAGCUAUCGACUGGCAGUCGAAGGAGAAUGUCGCAAGGGAGAUGGAGGAUGUUUUCCUCAGGGGGGCCAGUGAGGCUCUCACGAAGUACAUCGAGAGACAGCUGCAUCCUGCCAUUAAAGAGACACUCAUGGUGUCCAUGGGGUACACUAUUAGUUAUGGGUAG